ACUGAUUUUUUUUUUUUUUAAGGCGCUCGAGUAGGGCACGCGCCGGCGGAGGCGCGGUGAGCAUUGCUCGUGCCCGCCGCCUGCGGCUCGCGCCCGGGAUCUCCGCAGGGUCCCUGGAGCCGGGUGCAUCCUUUGUGCGGCGCUUAGGUUGCGCGGUGGAGCUGCAGGACAAAAUGUGGGCAUAGCUGGAGCUUUGCUUUUCUGCCUAAACCUCUUGAAACAAUGGACCGUAAGGGGAGCAUGGAUUGAAGGGGGCGAGCGGGGAAGCGAGCUGCCUGAGGGAAUCAUGACUUCUGCCGCGGAGAUUAAGAAGCCACCAGUGGCACCCAAGCCAAAGUUUGUGGUGGCUAAUAACAAGCCAACUCCACCUCCUGUUGCACCCAAGCCUGAUGUUGUGAUUUCCAGUGUUCUGCAGUCAACAAAGAAAACCAAACCAGCAAUAGCCCCGAAACCAAAAGUUCUGAAGAGCUCGCCUCUUUGUGACAUCGGGCAGUCACCAUCAAGAAAAAUCAUAGUGAAUCAGGAAGAACCUAAACAGGGAUUACCCGAAAGCACUGACAACUCUACUUGCACAAACGUAGAGCAUCAGAGCAGUGGUUGUACUUUACCAAUGUGUUCCUGCAGUUCUGAGUGUAUCCAUAAGGUUGGGAAUAGAGAGAAUUUGUGUGUAAAGGGGCUUGUCUUAGAGCCCGUAGAAAUGCCUGAACAUUUAGAAAAUAGUCCAGUCGAUGAGUCCUCUUCAGCUGUAACAGCAAAGAGUAGAAGUGAUUCUAAUGGUGAAAUGGUCAAGAGCCAGAGUGCCGUUGUUUUAAAGGCUAGCAUCCUGGAAGAGAAGCUUAAAGAUGUUUUAACACAACGAACGUCACCUUUUGUUUCCUCACAGAAGCACAGAUCCACAGACAGCCAAGAAAUGAAUGAGGGCUGUUAUUCCAACAGACAGUUCAGAAUUAAAUUUGCAGACUUGUCGCCUUCCCUGUCCAGCUUUGAAAAGGUUCCUGAUCAUCACUGCCACCUACAGCUUCCCAUCGAUGAAUUUCAAAGUCUUGAAACUGGCCAGGGCGGCACUGAUAAAAGCAGUAUUUGCUUUCCUUCACCUGAACAAGAAGUUCUGGCAAAUGGUAAAAGGAGCGCUUUUUUAUCUUCAGAUGGAGAUAGUAAGAAAUCAGAAGUCAAAGACCUUGGUCCCUUGGAAAUUCACCUAGUACCAUGUACUACAAAAUUUCCAACUCCCAAGCCCAGAAAGGCACGGGCUGCACGCCUGUUACGUCAAAAGCACAUAGACGCUCCUAGUGAAAGUACUGAAGAACCAGGGAAUUUAGACAGUAACUCUUCUUGUCUUUUUGAAGAUAGUUUGAGAAACAAUAAGAUCGAUGUUAUUUAUCAGAAUGUUUUGUGUAAUCAGGAACAGGUUGGCAAAGUGAAACCAGAAAAUAAAAGUGAAUUGGAUGUGGACUCCAACAGUAACGAACAGAAUUCAGUUGAUUCCCAGAAAGCCGUGUGUCAUGAAACAUCUUCCUCUGAAACAAUGACACCUCCUUCAGGUACAGACUCUAAUUUGAGUUCGGACAGUAAGUUAGUAGAUGGUUCUAGUAUGUCACCUGCUGUGGACGAAGGGACCAGUUUUAUAAGAUGCAGUACUCUAUCUAUGAGUCUGCCUAAACAGCUGAAAUUAGCUUGCAACAAACCUUUGCCCCCUACCUGUAACCUAGGAUUGUCUGUCCCUCAGGUGCAAAAGGAAUCUAUAAUAAAAGAUGGAAGUUCCUCAAGAAUUGUCCCCAAAAAACCUCAAAGACACAGCCUGCCUGCUGCAGGAGUGCUUAAAAAGGCUGCCUCAGAGGAACUUGUGGACAAAAGUUCUUAUCCCUCAAAUGAAGAAACAAAUUCAGACAAGGGUCCAGAAGGAAACCACGUUCGACAGUUGUGUACCCCAAACCAUGGUGUGUUGUCCUCCUUUGAUAUGCCUAAACGGACUUCAGAGAAGCCAGUGUGGAAAUUACCUCAUCCUAUUCUACCCUUUUCAGGGAACCCAGAAUCCUUAAAGUCUAUCACCAUAUCCUCAAAUAGUGAGCCUUCCACUGCCCUGACCAAGCCUAGAGCAAAAUCACUGUCUGCUAUGGAUACGGAAAGGUGCACUAAGCCUUGCAAAGACUCUCAAAAGAAAAUCUCUUUAAAGAAGUUGCUCAACAUGAAGCUGUCCAUCUGUUUCACGAAGACUGACUUCCAGAAAUUUUGGUCCAGGAGUAGCCAACUUGAAGAUACAACCGCUGGCAGCCUCUCAGGUGGAGAGGGAAAAGUGAUUGAAAAUGAUUGGCAUGGCUUGUUAGUAGAAGAGAAGAGAAAUAAGCCCAUCAAAGCACAUUCUGCAGAUAACUACAGCCUUGAAUCCCAAAAGAAGAGGAAGAAGUCUCGGGGUCAGACCAGUACUACUAAUGGACCAAGGGCUGAGUCUUUGGAUGAUCAAAUACUCUCUAGGGAGGCAGCAUCUCAGGCACCUUGCAAAUCUGAUGCAAGUGGCUGUGCACCAGAGUAUGAAAACAUACGCCAUUAUGAGGAAAUACCGGAGUAUGAGAACUUGCCAUUUGUUAUGGCUGGAGGGAAAUCACCAGAGUUGGAAAGGCAGAACUCCGGCAGCAUGGAGGACGCUGAUACAAAUGUAUAUGAGGUAGAAGAGCCAUAUGAAGCUCCAGGUGGCCAGCUGCAACUUGGACUGAGACAUCAGCAUUCCAGCAGUUCUGGAGCAUCCCAGGAGGGACACAAUGAUCUGGACCUUGGUCUUGGAGACCUUCCUUCGGAUGAAGAGGAAGCCAUCAACAGUUCUGACGAAGAUGAUGUCAGCUCUAGUUCUAGCAAAGGGGAGCCUGACCUGCUGGGAGAUAAACAGGAUGAAGACACUGGAAUAAAAAGUAAAGCCCAUUAUAUUGCCACGGAGAUCAUGAGCUCAGAGAAAGUGUUUGUGGAUGUGUUAAAACUUUUGCAUAUUGAUUUCCGGGAUGCUGUAGCCCAUGCUUCCAGACAACUUGGGAAACCAGUGAUUGAGGACCGGAUCCUCAAUCAGAUCCUGUACUACUUGCCUCAGCUGUAUGAGUUGAACCGGGAUCUCUUGAAGGAACUGGAGGAAAGAAUGUUGAACUGGACAGAACAACAGAGGCUUGCUGAUAUCUUUGUAAAGAAGGGGCCAUAUCUAAAAAUGUAUUCCACAUACAUCAAAGAAUUUGAUAAGAAUAUAGCUUUGCUGGAUGAGCAGUGCAAGAAAAACCCAGGGUUCACUGCUGUUGUUAGAGAAUUUGAGAUGAGCCCCCGCUGUGCUAAUCUGGCCCUCAAGCACUACCUGCUCAAGCCAGUUCAGAGGAUCCCCCAGUACAGGCUGCUGCUAACAGAUUAUUUGAAAAAUCUUUUAGAAGACUCUGAAGAUUACAGAGACACUCAAGAUGCCCUUGCGGUUGUUAUAGAGGUAGCCAACCACGCCAAUGACACCAUGAAGCAAGGCGACAACUUCCAAAAACUUAUGCAAAUUCAGUACAGCUUAAAUGGACACCAUGAAAUAGUGCAGCCUGGACGGGUUUUUCUCAAAGAAGGAACUCUGAUGAAGCUAUCUCGGAAGGACAUGCAGCCCCGAGUGUUUUUCCUGUUCAAUGACGCCCUCUUGUACACAACACCGUUGCAGUCUGGGAUGUAUAAACUGAACAACAUGCUCUCACUGGCUGGGAUGAAGGUCAAAAAACCCACCCAAGAAGCAUAUCAGAAUGAACUAAAGAUUGAGAGUGUAGAGCGUUCCUUCAUUCUCUCAGCCAGUUCUGCCACAGAAAGGGAUGAAUGGCUGGAAGCGAUUUCCAGGUCAAUAGAAGAGUAUGCCAAGAAAAGAAUCACAUUCUGUCCUAGUAGGAGUCUUGAUGAGGCUGAUUCGGAAAAUAAAGAGGAAGUUAGUCCCCUUGGGUCAAAGGCUCCAAUCUGGAUUCCUGAUACCAGAGCCACAAUGUGUAUGAUCUGCACGAGUGAAUUUACUCUGACCUGGAGACGACACCACUGCCGGGCCUGCGGAAAGAUUGUAUGCCAAGCUUGUUCAUCAAAUAAGUGUGGCUUAGAUUACCUGAAAAAUCAACCAGCAAGAGUAUGUGAACAUUGUUUCCAAGAACUGCAGAAAUUAGAUCACCAGCACUCGCCUAAGAUUGGGUCUCCCGGAAAUCACAAAUCUUCAAGUGCCUUAUCAUCAGUCUUACAAAGUAUUCCAUCAGGGAGGAAACAGAAAAAAAUCCCAGCUGCUCUCAAAGAAGUAUCGGCAAACACAGAAGAUUCUUCUAUGAGUGGCUAUUUAUACAGAUCAAAGGGCAAUAAAAAACCUUGGAAGCACUUGUGGUUUGUCAUAAAAAAUAAAGUGCUAUACACAUAUGCUGCAAGCGAGGACGUGGCAGCUUUGGAGAGCCAGCCUUUACUAGGAUUCACUGUCACUCAAGUCAAAGAUGAGAAUUCAGAGUCUAGAGUAUUUCAGUUACUGCACAAAAACAUGGUAUUUUAUGUAUUCAAAGCAGAUGAUGCUCACUCGGCUCAGAAGUGGAUAGAAGCAUUUCAGGAAGGCACAAUAUUGUAGCAGUAUUGGUUUCAUUUUUUCUGUGACUCCAGAAGGGUGGAAUUUCAUCAGAAUGGAGUAAAUAAAGUACAAAACUUUAAUACAAAUCAACACUGCCAAGAUAAAGCCAACUAAAAUCUUCAUCAAAAAUGAGAUUAUUUUGUUAGGUAUAAGGUAAUUUUUUUAAAUGUUUGUUUUUUCAUGUAUGUUAUUUAUUAAAAUUUUGAUGUUUACUUCUCAGAAUUAUUUCUGAAAUUCACACUGAAUUCUAAAGUACCUUUUCUUUAGAAACCAGAAAAUGUAUCUUAAUACUGUAUGCUGUAUUAACUGUUGGUGACACAGUCCACACUGUUUUCUCAAUGUGUUUCACAUUUACAGUGUUACAUUGUAAUAACAUUCUCACUAGCGGAAAGUCUUUGUAAAUAAACACACGUUAAGGAGCAGGUUUCAUGCAGUGUUUGGCUUAGAAAUUAUGAUUCUAAAACUGCUUAUGAUAAAAAUGCAUGUCUUUAAAUCAGUAAACUAAGAUGAAUUUUUGUAUCUUUUAAUGAAAAAACACACAGCCAACUUCUACCUCAGUAACUGUGAAAUGAAAUUCCAUUAAAUUAUCUCAAGUAUUUCUCCUAUGAUGUACCUCACAUCGUAUUACAUCAUCAAGGAAUUAUAGCAGAGGGAUAGAAUCUGAAUUUUUAUUUAAUUGUAUGUAAGUAAGAAAAGAUAUUUUCAUUUGCAGAGGAACACAAUUCUAUAGCCUUUACAUUAAUUAAAUCUAAUCUUCUUAAAAAAUGCUACCAGUUCAUCACAAAUAUAAGGGUGUUGUUUUUUUAAAAAAGCAAAAUAUGGAAAGCAUUAUAUUACAUAAUGUCUCUUGCUAUUCUAAGUGUUCUGAGCCCAAAUCAAUAGUGGUAUUUUUAUCUAAAAAGAAUGUAACAUUUGCUAUAAAAUUGUGCUUUUAAAAAUGAACUGGAAUUAACAUAUCAAAAAAGCACAAAUUCUAUGCCAGUAUUAACUAAAAUUGUAUAGUAUUCUCUUUUUUUUUAAGGUUUUGUACUAUCACUUUGUGUUAUGUCCUCUCUGGUAAAUUUUUAAAAGUCCGUUAUUUUUUUAACCAAUUGUCAGUGCACCUCACUGGGAAAGAUUUACAUUCAUAAUUCUGGUGCACUUAUUAUUCAACAUAGGAACUAUUUUGUAAAUAACAUUGAUUUGCAGAAGAAAAAAAUUAACGCUGUGAUUAAAGUCAUUCCUGAUGGUCAUAACAUUUAUUGACUGAACUUAAACUAAAUGUAAGUUAUCCUAAAAGGCAAGGUUUUUCAUAUAGUAUUUCAUUAAGGGGCACAAGAAUUUUCCUUUCAUUUAUAUAAAGGAUUUCCUAAUUCACUGUGAUAUUUAUGAUUGCCAAGAGAAUUACUGUGUGCCUUUCGGAAGCCUUGUGAGUGUUUUUUGUUGCAGCCCCGGAGUCCCUGUUAAAUCUAGAGUUGGCUGCUGUAGCUUUUUCUGGCUAUUGCUUGUACAGAAUUAUUUUAAAUCCUAUUGCAACCUCACACACAGCCCUCGCAUGCUAUCUCCCCUGUCUUUCUGCUACUGUAGGUAAACCAAUACUUCCUUGCAGCUCAUUACUUUUAAUCAAGAUAGUAUAAAUAAGGCUUCCAUGUUAAAAUCUCUGCCAUUUUUAGUAUAUCCGUUUUGGAGACCAAUGUUAUGCCUUAUAAAGUAUUUCCUUCAUUUCAUUGGGCCUAGCACUUUGUAGAAAAAUAAGUUGUUUGGAGUUCUUCCCCCCUCUUCCUUAGCUCUCAACCUUCUGGUUACAAGGUUUGGCUUAAGCCUCAGGAUCUUAAAAAAAUAUCAGGCAGGCUAUUCUAUCUUUCAACAGCUGGCUGAAUUAAGAACUAGUUAUAAAUCUAAAUACAAGAAACAUUGCACAAACUUUUAGUAAUUCUCCUAAUUACAUGUGAAGCUUGUCUGAUUGUGCUAGCUCUUGGCUUAGCCCCACGGAGGGUUUUGAAAAAUAUUAAAUACAGCCUUUUGAGGAAGGUAUCAGGUUGCAGCCCCCUAUAAAGAUAUUUCAAUUAAAUGUGUCCUAGGAUCACAUUCCCUUUCCCCCUUAGCAAUCUUCAUAACUUACUAAAGCUGAUCAAUUAUUUAUUUAAGCUGGCUAAUUCAAUGUCCACCAAAAAACCUAUUUAUAUACAUUUUGUUGUAAAUCUACUUUGAAAACCUCUCUUGAUAGCUAACAUUUUAGAAAAAAGUGAUAUAUCGAAUGCAUUCUAUAAAUGAGGAUAAAGUAUGAAUAGUACCUAGUUCCCAGGAAUACUUUAUUACACUGGUACAUGUGCUUCAAUCAGACUCUUUUCAAAGAUCAUCUUUUUUCAUAAGGAGAAAGAAAAGCAGUUAUAAAGUGAAGCCAAAAGGGGUUCCGGAAGCCACCUGGAGGCCAGGUUGAACUAGAGGAGGGCCAGCGUGCUUAGUGAGCGUCCCCAGCCAGUGUCCCUCCGUAUCUGGGGCAGCUGUGAAUACAGAGGUCCCACCAGAGCCCUGGGGAAACCAGGAUGGUUAUCUUGACUUCAUCUCCCAUUUCUGAACUUCUCUCCAACCUUUCUUCCUGUUCCCAAAGGGAGCCGGUAUCCUCCUGUUGUCCUUCGCCCAAGAGUCUCAGUUUGGUCUCUUCAACUGAAAGCUUGAUUCAUUGAAUACAUAGUAGCAUUCCUUAAAAUGAAAUCAUCAGAGCAACCUUGUUUAAUACAAAGAUGUAGUGAAACAACUAAGUGAAGAAGACAACUUUAAACUGUAGUUUUGUUAGCCAAAUGUGUACUUUAUAUUUGGUUGGUAGAGUAUAGCCAGAAAUAGGGAAAGCCUGGCAUUUAGUAAUUUAGUUAAAAUGUAAAUGUUAUCACAGCAUAUGUUCAUAUGUUUUGGAGUGUGUUUUCAUUGUACUGUCAUUGGAGUUUGAGGUGCAGUGUAGUCACGCAUAGUCACUGGGAUUUCCAGAAGUAAAUCCUGUUUCUCUUAUUAUAUAUCAUACACUCCAGGAGAAGGCAGAUGCUAUAUCUAAUGUAUCAGUUUCUCAAAACACCUACCCUGUAUCUUUCAAGAGAUAAUAUUUGUUGAAUACUGUUUGAAUAUAUUUCUCCUCCUUAUACUUCAAGGACAGGGUUCUUGUCAUCUAUAUCUGAAACAGAGUCCCCAAAAUGCCCUCAUUAAAACUCAGAUCUUAGACCUACACAUUCCACCAUCCUGCAAGGCCACAUUUGCACCUGCUUGUUGGAUAUCUACACGUGUCCUUACGCAUUUUAAACUUUACAUCACUAGAACUCAACUUACUUUCUUUUCACUUAAAUCUGUUUAUUUUUUUCUGUAAUGGAAAAACACCAUUUUAGGCUCCAUAAUCUGACUCCAAGUCGUAACAGGGUGCACUGCAAUUGCUCUUGUAUCCUUUCCAUCUUCACUGCCCUUCUGUUGCUGCAGGGACCCUGGCUCAAGCCCCAGUGAUUGGAGCAACUUUUCUUCUAAUUCCAGUGCCUUCUUUGCAUGGUCCCGUUUUAAACACUGCCAGAGCCAUGCAGGGGUGUCCAACCUGUGGCCCACAGACCACAAGCGGCCCAGAAUGGCUAUGAAUGCUGAUCAACACAAAAUUGUAAAUUUCCUUAAAACCUUUUUUUUUUUUUUUGCUCAUCAGUUUUCGUUAUCUUUGUGUAUUUAAGGUGUGGCCCAAGACAACUCUUCUUCCAAUGUGGCCCAGAGACGCCAAAAGGUUGGACACUCCUGUGUCCUACCUUCAGGCUAAAGCACAGCUCUAGUUUCAUCCCUGCUCUUCAGCUUUCAUUGGCUUCCCAGUGGCUUGGCACGGAACACGUUUCUUUCGAUACCGUAUAUCCCAGCUGACCCUCGCCCAGCCUUUCUCUGUUCACCCUUUCCUCCACCCCCAUUUCUGUCUGUUGAUCCGAGACUUCUCUGUGAAGUUGAUCCUAGUCCUUCUCUUCCCUGCUUCUUCUCCUCUAUUUCUUCAGACUAGAUCUAGUCUUUCCUUUCUCUGUGCUCUCCAUAUAGCCCGUAGCUCGUAAACCAUCUUUCUUAUGGUACUUAUCACAUCCUGUCCUUGAGAGCAGCAACUGUAUCUUGUUCAUUUGAGAUUCUCCCUCAGCAUCUGGCAGAGUGCCUCCCAUGCACUGAUACUCAGUGUUUGGUAAAUCGAAUUACUUCUAAUGGAUCAUUUUUUAUUUUUUUUUUAGUGUCCCAAUACACAAACAUCAUUCAGGAGCCCGUGCCACUUUUGAAUGUUAUUUUCUAAAGGAAAAUCAUACCUAUAACUUCCCCCCCUUUAAUAGAAGAGGUAAAUAAUUUCUAGGUUUUUU